GAUAGUAUCUCUGCUAUGAAGUUAGACCAACUGCCUGCCUUAUAGGGCUACCUCAUGAAUACACUACACACACUGUCCAAACUGUCAACAAAGAAAGCCCUGGUGGUUGAGUUUAAAUGGAAGUGAUCCAGAUCAAGCCUAGAAAUCCUUCAAGCACAAGUACUGCUUGUGUCCUUGAUGUACUGGAGAGGCAGUUUGAUAUCGAGGUAUCAAAGACAACUCAAGAUGGAGACUGCUACAUUGCUGAAGUGAAGGGGAUUGGUAGUUUUGAGAAAAUUCAGAAAGAAUUGCCUGAGAAAAGUCUCCGACUACGAAAAUGGGAAUUCAAAUUAUUUACAUUUCAUAAAAAGUCUAAAAGCCACGAGGUCUUUUCUGCUCAAGAUCCAUCAACAUCAAAUGAAUGUGUACUAGUCAAUAUAACCUAUUCUGAUUCUGCUGCUUUCAUAAACAGUAAAAUACCUAAUGACACUUUUUUAAAGGAAAAGUUCAUACAGAUGGCUGAAAAUACAAGCCCUCUGAGUAUGGCUGAUUACAAUUAUGCAUUCACAUUCACUAAGGUGGACUCUUGUUCUCUUUACGUCCAUCAAGCCAGUUCAAUUGGUACCACACAGAUAUCAGCUCAAAAUGAUGACUCACCAUGGAAGCCUCUUCUUAUCAAAGUUGAAGUGGAAUGUCCUUCAUCUUACAGCCAGCUGGAUGGUAAAACUUUCUACUAUGAGUUCCUUAGUGGUAUCGUGAGUAAGGAUUGCUGGAUAUGCUGGAAAUGUACAUGUAAUGAAGACACUAAGGAUGGAUUCGUACUUGAUUGAAUUUGAAAAGGGAAGAAAAAUAGUGUGUCAAUUUAUCGUUGUUUAACUCGAGUCUAAAGUGAUUUUCGUUAUUACUUUAUGCUGCCAUAGUUUAUCAACUUGAGUAUAAACUUUUUGAUUAAUUUUUAUCGCUG